UUAAAUCGUAAUUACACUUUUCAUGCUUUUCUUUUUCAUUUAAUUUCAUGUAUGCAAGAUUUUAAAAACCGUUGCAAUUUCGGUCGAUAAUGUGUGUGGUCGUCGCGGUUCUUUAAUAUAAAAUCAGUGAAUAACUGUAUCAGUAUCGACGCGGCGUUUUUUAAAAUUUUAUGCAUGCUUUUAAUUAAAUAUUUGUUGAUUUUUUUGUUUUGUUAUUGUUGGAGUGAUUAGAAUAAUUUAAUGUUAAUCUAAUAUUAAUUAAUGAUUUAAUAUAUUGUGUUCGUGCAGUUAGUGUUAUUGGCACGUUCAAUAUAGUGGCAUGAUUAGAGGAUACAUGAUUUUAUAUAAUCUUAGUUUAAUGACUCUUAAUUUUCCAUAAUCUUUUAUCAUUAAGUUUUUUUUUUAAGACGGUAAUCUUGAAGUUAUAUUCUUUAUAAUUGUGUGAUGAUAAUUUGGAAGAUUUUACUUAUAAGUUAUGUUUGUUCUUUGCAGUGUUUUGCAGUGUUCUUCAUCUUUGUGAGAAGCUAAAAUAGUGAAUUGACAAUUCUAGCCCUGUGAUCAUGCCUGCUGAAACAAUGGAUUCUGAAUUGUGGAAGUCGGAUAAACUGUCCGAAGAAAAUGAUAUAGCAGAAAGAACCCUCUUUUCGAGUUCUCUGUCGGAUUUGUUUAGCAGAAAAUUGCGAUUAUCUGAGGAUAAUGCUUUACAUGCACAUUCUGUGGAUGCAAUUGCAUCGUGUUACGAGGAAGAGAGGCUUUAUGAAUCGCUUGAAGAACUCAAGGCUCGAAUAAUUGUAAGUCUACUCCCGGACGAGGAUGAUUUGCUUUCUGGAGUGACGGAUGACCUUGUCAUUCCAGAUAGCACGCGUGAUGAGGUCGAUGAACUAGAGCUUUUCACUAGUGGUGGAGGUUUUGAACUUGAAGACAAUGGUAACUCGUCCUCCAGAGAAAAGAACUCCGAAAUCAUUGGUGGAGAUCGUGAUAAUAACUCAACCGUGGGAGAAAAUCCUUCUGGCGAACACGUUUCUAGAAGAUUAUUUGUGAGAAAUAUCGACGGUGAUGUCGAAGACUCUGUAUUGAAAGCCCUUUUUAAGCAAUUCGGAGAUAUUCAAACUUUCGAUAGAGCUUGCAAGCAUCAAGGGAAUGCUAUGAUAACAUAUUAUGAUGUCAGAGAUUCCCAAAAUGCAAUGAGAGCACUCCAGAAUAGACUCUUCGGCCGCAGGAAAUUCGACAUUCAUUAUUCCAUUCCUAAGAUUCAUCCCGAAUUCAAACAGAAAGAAUGCAACCUCUGUCUACAUCAGAAGAGUUCUCCUGUUAACCCUACAACUGGCAUGCAACACGGGAUCUCUUCAAGUGUUCCGAACACGUCACCAUCUCUCAUCAUACAUAAAUCAGUUGGAAACCAAUGUGAAAUUUCUGAAUCAAGUUCCUCAGGCCAGUUGAAUUUAGAUACUCAUCCUGAAUUAGAUUUUCAAACUCAUUCCUUCCCAGAACAUCAUCGUAACGGUGUACGCCACAGUCCUCUUGACGUGCCUGCAAACGCCAAUCCUCAAGUAAACUCCAAUCGACCCUUCAUGGAUUUUGAAGCACAUGUUUCAAAUUCCUCUGGUAAAUGGAGCAAUUCCUAUCAUCCGCCUCGAGCUAUGUGGCAAAAUGCACCAUCAUUUUUCAAUGGAGUUUGUGCAGCACCUACCAUACAAAGAAUGAACCAAAUUCCUAUGUCACCUUCACACAUGCUAACAACUGUUUUACCAACAAAUAACCAUCUUGUUCAAUCACCUCCUCUCUGGCACCAAAGAUAUUCUUAUCCGGCUGAAUCUAUAACACCACACCGUGUCGACUUUGUUCCUCAUAACAUGGUCCCUCAUUUUGCACUCAACUUCCAUAACCAAAGGGGCAUGGUGUUUCCUGAAAGAAACCAUAUGACUAAUUCAGUUGAUACUACUUAUAAACGUGUUCGAAGCCGGAGAAAUGUAGGCACGUCGAACUCGGCUGACUUGAAACGGUAUGAACUUGAUAUCGACUGCAUUAAAAGGGGCGAAGAUAACCGAACAACGCUUAUGAUCAAGAACAUUCCCAACAAGUAUACUUCCAAGAUGUUGAUGGCUGCAAUCGAUGCACACCAUAAAGGAACUUAUGAUUUUUUGUAUCUACCAAUUGAUUUCAGAAACCGAUGCAAUGUUGGAUAUGCAUUCAUCAACAUGACUGAUCCUAGCUUCAUUGUACCUUUCUACAAGGUGUUCAAUGAGAAAAAGUGGGAGAAAUUCAACAGCGAGAAAGUGGCAUCACUCGCGUACGCUCGCAUACAAGGGAGAGCCGCUCUUAUUGCUCACUUCGAGAAUUCAAGUUUGAUGAAUGAGGAUAAACGUUGCAGGCCUAUCCUCAUCAACACGGACGGUCCAAAUGCUGGUGAUCAGGUACCUUUCCCAAUUGGUAUAAACGCUGGCAACAAAAAUGGAAGAGAUAGAAGCAAUACUCAUGAAGCUAACACUCCUAAUUUGGAAAACUUGCAAACAUCAUCUGAUAAAGACAGUAUUUCAAAGGAAUCAGACUAAGGAAGUCACAUUUGUUUCUUUUGCUGUCUCAUUAAUUUUAAUUAUAUCACUAACCAUACAAAUUAAAGUUAUUUGGUUAGACAAAUAAAGAUGCUUACAUUAGGAGUAUAUGUACAUAGAUACCAAUACUCCACUUAAGCCAAGAAGUUUUUCAAUUCAUUUUGUUUUUUUUGUUAUCAUAUACUAAGCGUGCUAGAUCAGUAUCCGUGUCGGUGUCUAUGUCAACGCCUGAAAGUUGAAAGACAUCAAUAGAAUUUGUCUCAACUUUUAAUUUACAAGUCAAAAGUACAGGAGUUUCGAGUUUCUGAAGUAUCAACAUUGGAGAGGCUUGUAUAGUUCUUUUUUGUUUUUUCAGGCAAUUCUUUUCCUUGUAAAUUUUAGGUUAACUUUAUCAGAUUUGGAUCCUCCUCCUGUCAUGUAAUUUGUUUUUCAAUGGAAAUUUUAAUGAAAUAAU